AUGGCCGCCUCGUCUCGAUCGCGCCCCAGCGUGCGUCAAAUGGUCCAAGAGAAUGUAGAUGAGUACCACGACUUCCAACGUGCGGUUGAAAACUUCAUCAAGAGUCACGGCGUGAAGGUCCACACCACGGAGGAUUGGGACUUCGCGCCAUUUCAUGUGCUCAACGCUCGUGCUGGCAAGCCAAUACCUACUCAAGUAUUGAGGCUACUGAACUGCGCCAUUCGAGGUCGCCGCGAUGUGGUCGACAGCUUUACCGCGAGGCACGUCGACGGCAAUUUAGAUCAAUCAAAUAUUCUUCAUCGUCGCUUUGUCGAGAAGCUACGAGCAGUCCGGCGCAUUUGGUUCCCUGAAAAUGCCAGAGAUGCUACACCAGAGGCUUCCGAGCUUGGUGUGAAGCCUGUCCCUGCCCUUCCGGUCAUCCCUACUGCUAAAAGGCAGCCGAAAACAGCCUACAUUGCGCCCACUGCUACCGACACCCAUUCCCUCCCUAUCGAUCAGCGUAUCCAGCUCGCGAUAGAUUCGAUGCUACACAGACAAGAUCUAGAUGUCGAGACAGGCGAGCUCGUGAACACACCCAUCCCGAAUGCAGCGGCGCCUUCUACUGCGAAGUCUUCGACAGCUACGACUCGACACCCAGUCUUCGAGCCGCUCAAGAAACGUAGGGAAAAGGAGGCUGCCAAACAGCCUGCUCGCCAACAAGCCGCAGAGUCCGAUCCCGAGUACAUCGUCAUCUCAUCUGACGAGGAAGACGACACUGAUGAUCAGGCUACACGCGGUCGGCCGGAACUUGCUCUUGACCAGGAUCAGAUCAUCCCAUCGAUCGAGACUGGCCCCAAUCUUGCAGGCACGCCAACGGUCCGCCGUUCGACUCGCCUGAACGGUCAGGAGCGUAUGCACUACGAGCCCAACGGCCAGUGGCGCGUGCAUUUCAGAGAGCGAGGACACGAGCUUGAGGUUUGGACUAAAAUGGGAGAACCGUUCUUGACACUAAAGUCCAAGAUUGAAGCUCAGCGGUUUCCACAGCGUCUGCUCAUGGCUGGGGAGACGGUUGAUGCGUGGACUCGCGAAUUCGGCAGUAAUAAGAAACUGUCAAACGUGGCGGUUCGUACUUUCGCCGACAUGGGAACGCUCAUGGUGUAG